UUAGAACCUACCUUCAUUUCUGGGCUAUUAAUACUAUAUUCACAGUCAAUUUGAGGACAGUGUUCAGAUCAAACUCUUGGUAGCCGAUGCUUAACCUCUUUGCCAAGAUAGAAGAAUACUAUCCCUAUCAGUCUUUUAAAUGAAAACUUUAAUGAUGAUAUAAUAUCAUCUGCUACUCAUAUAGUAUACUUUAACUUGGCAGCUUGUAGAAAAUGAGCUGACUUGCUGAAUUCAACCACUACUGCUCACAAGAUUAGUCUUUUUAAAAAUGAUAAAAUACAACUAUGUACACCGAUUAAUUUUCCAGAGCUAUUCAAUAGUGUGCCAAAAGGGUACUUGUUGAUUAAUUGGAAAAACGUCUUACUGAAACCAAUAAUAAUAUUAGAAAUAAUUGAGUUUUAUAAAUACAGAGCUAAUGCCAUAAUUUAUAGACAUUAUCAUCUCUAGGUUAAUAGUAGAGAGUACUUUCUACUCACAGUGAAAUAAUAUUUGAAUUUAAUUUUAUGAUUUCUUUGAAGUUAUAGGUUGCUAAAUUAUUCAACAACCCAUCUUAUUCAGACUCAUCUAUAUAAUACUGAAUAAAUUCCUUCAAAGUAAAGCAGGCCUUCUAUCGUAUCUAAAUCUAUAAUAAAAUGGAUUCAAAGAGCGGUCUGGAUUUCAAACGCUUGGACAUUCUUGGUUUGUGGUCUUGGUACACCAACCGCUCUCAAAUCCCCUUCUUGAUUUUGUUCUACAAUUUGUUCUACUUGCUCUACCAACUAAUCUAUCUGUGUGUAGUGCAGUCUGUUAGAAUGUUUAUAGACACCCACGAGCUUGAAGUUACUGUUGAAAAGUUUCUGACAAUCUGCAUUGAUAUGGAGCCUUGUGUCAAGAUUAUCGUCCUUCUCUGCAUGGAAAAGGAAAUCAAGGAGCUGCUGCAGGUUUUCAGGAGAGAUUUUCUUGUUUGUGCGAAGAUUGUGCCGGAAAAAGCGCUGAAAAUAUUUGAAAAAUCCGAUGAGCUUUGCAACAAAGUAACGUUCGUAGUAUACGUAAUGGUUUGGGCAACCCUGCUCGGCUACCAAGUGGCACCGCUGACCGAGUGCUUCCUGUCGGACUGCAAGUACCUGAAGACCAUCCCCGACUGGCACCCGUUCGACGAGUCUCGGCAGCCGGCCAAGAUCCUCACAUUCCUCGUCGACUCCGGAUCACUGUGGUUCACCUGUCUGUCCGAGUGCUCCAUCAUGCUCCUGGUGCUGUCAUUCAGUUCCGCCUUCGGGUCACAGAUCGACGUGCUCGCCUGUUGUGUCGAGAGUGUCAGGGAGGUCGCUCGGAGGGGUGAGAGGGAGGAGGAAGACGAGGCGGAGGAGAUGGACCGGCUGGUCAAGGAGUGUAUCAGGGGUCAUCAGCAGAUGUUGAGGAUAGCUGAUCUGAUGGAAAGUGUUUUCUCUCUGCUGAAUCUAUUUCAAAUGCUAUUAAGCACUAUUUUGAUUUGUACUUGCGGGUUCAUGUUAAUGAUUGCUUUGACAGACUCAACAACAGAGCUGAGUGAAACUCCAGUCCAAAGUUUCAUUAGAAUUUCGAAACAUCUCUGCUUUUUCAGUAGCAUGAUUCUUCAGUUGACAAUAUUUAGUUGGGCCGGCUUUGUAGUCAACGAUAAGACAGGUAAUCUACAAGAAGUAUUCUACAGAAGUGACUGGACAGGCAUGUCUCAAAAAACUAAGAGACAAAUUCUAAUUGCGAUGACCAGAGCGAAUAAACCAAGCAACGUUACGGCAGGAAAAUUCUACGUUGUAUCACUCCAAUCCUAUGCGGCAAUCAUGCGUGCUUCAUACACAUACUUCACAAUGCUGUACAGAUUAACAGCAGCAAAGUAAUCGAUACUUCGAGAAAUCAGUUGGUUUUGAAAAAUACAAAGCUAUUUUUCCAACAUUUUUCGUAGAUUAGGUUCUUAUUCAAGAAUUUAUUAGGAUUAUUCCACUGUAGGAUUCUAUCUAAUCUGCACUAAUACUAUGAAGUAUUAAUAGUCUAUUGUUCAGUUCUAUAAAGCACAUAUCGAAAAAUGAAAGUGAAUUAUACCGUAAUUAUAGAGGAGUUUCAUAAUAAGAUUUUGAUAGGGGUAGUAUAUUAAAUUUGGAAGUGGGCCUACUGAAGAAGAUUUUACAAUUUAUGAACAUCCUUUAUGAAUCAUUAUAGGGUGUGAACACUGACACCAUAUUUUAAGGACACCAUUUGAGGACUGACACUAUUUAAUCAUCCUUUUCAAGAUCGAUCCCUGGAGUUUCAUAAUAAUUGAAAUCUAGAAUAACUGUCAACUCCUAUACUUAGAUUGAGAACACUCAACCAAUAGACAUUAACCCACAUAUUUCAACAAGUGACAACUGUAACAGGUGAAAUGCAACACUAAUCACGCAUGCGCAUAUGAUUAGUUAGUCGGUGAAAUAAUUGAUAGGUUGAAGAGCACAUCAGAGGACUGAAUGCGCUCUCUAAUUUUUGAAGUUCCGCCAAAUGUGCGGCGGAAUCUUCAAACGAUGCAGGAUUGCAAUUGGAGAAGAAACCACUUGCAUAAAAAGUGGCAUGCAAGGUUUUCUAAUUUAGCACAUGGUGAAGUACCUUGUACUUUCUUUUAAAUAAGUAAGUUACUAUAAUGAUAGUACGUUUAAAAUACGGUAUCUGUAUGUGAAAAUCAAUCUUAUAGACACAUUAGAAUGUAACCAAAGAAAUCGCUUUGAAGUGCAUAAUAACUUUAUUUUCUUU